AUGACGUCCUACGAGUUGAAAAACCGAGUGACCUCCAACAAUGAGGUCCAGGUAUCCGGUGAUUACUCGACCAAAGAUCGCGACAAUGCGGAACUCGCUCGGUUAGGAAAGAAGCCGGUUCUAAAGCGCAACUUUGGAGUUUUAUCGCUUUUGGGUUUCAGUUGUACCAUUCUCGCCACGUGGGAAGGUUUAUUUGGGACCUUCCUCAUUCCUUUACAAAAUGGAGGUCCGGCGGGUGCGGUUUACUCCUUUAUCUUCGCCUGGACGGGAACAGCUUGCUCCUUCACAGUCCUUGCGGAGCUAGUCUCAAUGGCGCCGACAUCCGGAGGUCAGUAUCACUGGUGCGCGAUGCUUUCCCCGCCCAGUAUGAUGAAGUUCCUGAGCUAUAUUACCGGCUGGGUAACGACAAUUGGUUGGAUGUCUGCAUUUACCAGCGCGAGUUUCUUUGCUGGUACCGAGAUCCAAGGCGUCGUGACCAUUUCGCACCCCAACUAUGACCCGAAGGCAUGGCAGGGAACCCUGAUCAUGUGGGCAGCAAUAUGCCUGGCCCUGGCGAUCAACAUCGUUGGAGGAAAGUUGCUACCGAGGUUCGAAACCCUCGUCCUACUCGUUCACCUUUUCGGCUACUUCGGCAUUUUGAUCCCCUUGACGUAUAUGGCCGAUCAUAAAUCCAGCAAAGAGGUCUUCAAAGAUUUUGUCAACAGUGGCGGCUUCCCAACAGACGGGUUGGCCUUCUUUGUAGGAAUGACCGGAUGUGUUUUUGCCUUCGCAGGCGGCGAUGCUGCGGUUCACAUGGCCGAAGAAGUCGGGAAUGCCACGGUCGCGAUUCCUCGCGCAAUACUUCUGAGCGUUCUCAUCAACGGAAUCCUCGGAUUCACCAUGUUGAUCGCCACGCUGUUCUGCAUGGGAGACGUUGACAAGGCCAUCAAUACCCCAACCGGAUAUCCCUUCAUUGAGAUCUUCUAUCAGGCCACCGAUUCCGUCUCGGGAACGCUUGGCAUGAGCUCGAUCCUGCUGAUCAUUGCCAUCUGCUCCGUCAUUGGUAUGCUAGCUGCCACCUCCCGUCAAUUCUGGUCGUUUGCCCGCGAUCGAGCCGUUCCGGGAUGGCGCCUGUGGAGUCAUGUCUCCCCCAGGACACACACCCCGACCUACUCCAUUCUUCUGACCAUGACCGUCGCAUGCCUGCUGGGCCUCAUCAACAUCGGCUCCAAUGUUGCCCUGAAUGGAAUCAUUUCCAUGGCAGUGUCUGGCAUGUACCUUUCGUACCUGAUUGUGGCGUCCUUGCUCCUGUACCGUCGCUGUUCGGGGGAGAUUUCUCGGUAUAGCGACGGCGAGGACAUGCUGGUCAACGUGCCGGGGGCCAAACUGAUGUGGGGACCAUUCCAUCUACCUGGCAUCUGGGGCUUAUUGAUCAAUGGCUACGCCGUCAUCUACAUGAUCAUUGUGGUCUUCUUCAGUUUCUGGCCCACGCAGAUGUCUGUCGAUAAGACGACGAUGAACUUCAGUGUGGUCGGCACUAUCGGUACGAUUAUCUUGGCGCUGAUCUACUAUGUCCUUCGUGCGCGCCAUGUCUAUACAGGACCUGUCGUCGAGGUUCAGCGGUGA